CUACAAACUAGUUGGCGCUAGGGUUACCUGGUUAUCAGCCAUCACAUGACACGGCCACGGGAACCUGUCUGAAGUCAGACGCUCGUGUUACCUUUCGUGACAGGUGUAACUCUCUCUGAAGAACAAUUAAUCUUACAAGUAUUUAUCAUGACCAGUGCAGGCUAUUACCCUUGAGUGAAUCGGUGCUGGGAAAGUGCGCCGGGCCGCGAUGGAGGUCAUGGGCAUUGGGUUAACAGUACUUCUCUGGCCAAACUCGGCGCACAUUGCACACAGUACUAUAACCAGUGCAUAUUAAAGUCUUCCCAACCGCACAGUUACUAGAAUGGAGCACGCAAGCGCCUCUACGCUGACACACUCUACUUGGGACUCGCCCAACACUGUCCUAGGCUUCCAGCCACUGCAAAGUUGCCCGUCGCCUGGCGCUCCGACUCUCAGGACACAGCGUUCGCUGCUGGCUGACCUUCUGGCCGCGGCAAACUACUCUAACGAUGGGCUCGAGGAGGGCGAGCCGGAAGACGACGCCGACUCUUGUGUUGAUGCUCGCGUUCUUCCGUCGUCGUCGUCAGUGCAGCGGCCCUGGUGCAGCUGCGGAGUCGGAGCAGGAGUCGCGGUCGAGUAUCACGCAACAGAAUGUAGCGCAAGGUCCUGCGCCGAGCCAGCCGCUUGCUGCGACUCGGAUACGAGCUUGACAGCAGCUAUUACCAUUCCCCAGAAAACGUACUACAAGUGCCAACGGCAAAUUGAGGAGCGGGCACGAAUUCAGUACCACCGGCAAGUGUACCGGGCGCAGAUGGACGCGCAACAGCAGGCCAACAUGCAGGCGCAACAAGCGCAGCAGCAGAAGAUUUAACGCUAUGGAGUGCAUAGUCACACGCCAAGAACCAAUAUAACGACAUGAGAUUUAGACUGAGCCGGCCUUGGUCACGGUAUGUCCGUGACAGACCCUCUGAGUCAGUGCCUCUGACGUCACAACUCGACUCAGGGUCAACAGAAUGCCUCAGUCUGCGUACAUCCAUGGGCAGUACCGCUGCCAUUGCCGCAUCUGUCUGAAACGCGGUGGGUUGCGGCGCGACGGCGGGGGCUUCAUGACGUACAAUAGUAAGGCCAGCCUGCAUUCAUGAACUGUUUAGCUAACCUUAGAUAGGAGAGCGUUUCCACCUUACCGUUGAGUGGUGAGCUUCGCGGCAGUUUGAGACAGUACUAGGUUGGUAUGGGACGCUUGGCUGCAUCUUUCCGGGUGCUCUUUGAUAACUUGUGAAAUACACUGCACAAUAGCGCGCAGCGACAAUCGUGCUUACCGAGCUUGGAGUGAUGCCGACGGUGCUUUAUUGAGUGCAGUGGUGCAGAUUCCUAGGGUACACGCACGGCUGCAGGUGGCAGGUGCGGGGCCGCGGGGGGCUGCGUUGUUGCGCACCCUUGGCCCCGGGGCGCAGCCGCUGCGGUACACUCCGUACAGCGUGAGAAAUGAGUGCUUUACUUGGGGCGCGUACACCAUUGCCGCAAUUGUACCUGCGGUGUUCGCAGCCGCGUUUACUGCGGAUGCGGAGCCGCGACGUGGCGGCGAAGCCUGUGGCCCCAACAUUAACUUUUGAAAGCAGGGUGCACAGAACUAGCAUUGGGUGCGGCUAGCCAGUUUUGUUUCGCAUGCACACGCACUUGCAGCGCACCGAGUGUGGUGGCCAGUGACGCUCGACUCAUGGUUGCUGGGUUGUCUCCCGGGGCUGUCGAUGCGUGUGGACCUCAUAGCAUGGCUUGGCUUGCUGUAGGCGGCUGACUGACAGAGUAGAGCACUGGCAUGAGUUAGUAUCUUUACGUGUGGGCCUGUAGUAAUAGCACCCUAGCUACACUGGGACAAGUACCUUGCGGCUGCCACGGAUCCAUCAUCUCCUUCUCCCUGCGUGGUGGUCUAUUCACAUUGAGUAGCGCUCGUAAAGAUUGCACGUACUUUUGUUCAGGGUGGGUGGAACACGGGUGUCUGCGCGUACGUGCACGGAGCGAAUGUGAGACGGGUCGUUAGCUGUUGAUACAGUCUUGAUUAUUCGGACGUUGGCGUAACAUUUGGAGGGGCCGUUUACUUGAGCACGAAGCACGACACGAGGGCCGCACGGUGACACGCGGUGCACACACGACAUUGUACUGCGGUGAGAGCGCUGACAUUUGGUUUGAGGGCAUCAAGUUCUAGGGGUUCAACUGGGCGCAAUUGCUCAUCCCCUCUUGUCUUGUAGUCACUUGAAAGGUUGUAACAAGACUCCUUU